UUGGCGCUGGAUAUGUAGGUGACGGGGGAGCCCUAUUCUUGACCCACAUGUUCUUCCACAGUAAGGAAAUCAAUUUUCAGGUGGAAGGCAGUCCCAGUCAGGGUUGACUUGACAUGCCUUCCUCUUGGUACAUUUCUCCCUUUUGCCCUCCAUGUGAGUCUCUUCAAAUUUCACAGCACUGCUAGUCACAGCUGACCUUCAGUUAGAGUGCUCAAGGGCCAGGACUACCCAGUUCUCAGUGUCUGUGCCAGAGUUUUUAAGGUUAGCUGUAAGCCCACCUUUAAAUCUCUUUUCCUGUCCACCAGCAUUCUGUUUUCUAUUCUUGAGUUGAGAGUAUAUGAACUGCUUUGGAAGACAGUGAUCAGACAUUCAGAUAAUAAUACACACAUACACACACACACAUAUGGCUGGAAUUCCACUGAAAAAUGUACCUAUUCUGACUUAAUAACAAACCUACAGAACCUAUCUUGUUUGUAACUUAGGGAUUGCCUGCACCAAUAUUUGCAGAGGACUCAUGGUCAAAGACAGGCAGGGGAGAUGCCUAACUUUAUUAUAUUAUAAAUGGCGUGUUAUACAUUUCUUAUUUUUUAUUUCUUAUUUACUGCCACCAAUUAACUAUACAGGUUUCUCUAGCUGCCACAAUUUAAUACUUCAUGAGGCACCUCUUUGUUAGGAUGUUCAGGAAGGCACACAAAUUCUUUAGAUGAAGUAAAACAAGAAUAUGAUGUUUACAGUAUUUAUACUUGAACAGUAAAGAUGUGUAUUGGUUUCAAUAAAAAUGUUAGGCUUUACUCUUACAGAGAAUUGGUUCUAUAACUUGAAUUCUGUGGAAACAAUGUUCCUUCACACAGGAGUACACAACAGGUCUGUUUAACCCUUUUAAACCCUCCUCUCCUGAGGCUUGAAACACCACACUCUAAACUAUAGAGGCUAACUAUAGUUAUUAGCCCUUCUUCCCUGAAGGCUUUUAACUAUAUUCCUCAAAGAGGUAUCUUUCUAAUAACAGUUCUCUUCCUUCCAAUUCAAAUAUCCAAAGCUUCUCUUCAAGCACCAAACUCCUAACUUCAAAACUGCAGACUUCUAACUGACUCUAACUCUGGCUGGAUAGCUCUUACACCCUCCCUGGCUCCGCCCAUCUCUAGUUGCUAAGUAACUCCCUCCAUUUUCAUCAGCCAAUCAGACUGCACUUCCAGUAACUAAGCUGCCUGAUCGCUCCUCCCCCUUGCUCUGCUAAGCUUUUACAAGCAAGACAUUUGAAAAAUGAUAAUUCUUAGUAGCCUCUGAAAGAUAAUUUAUAUAAAUAGGCAAAGGCUCAGAGCCAAAAUAGAGCACACACCCCCUUGAAGCAAUUGAAAAAGAGAAUUGAGCCAUACUCUUCGAAUAAAGGUAAUUUAGAGCACAGCUGCUGUUCUUAAACCACUUGGACAUAAAGGCUAUACUUCCAGCUUGUUAUAUGUGAAAUGUUGGGACUAUCAUGAAAUUCAGGAUGUUGACUACAUUGUCUACACCAUUGUGGAUUUGAGACAUUGAAUGAACACAAUGUGGAAGAAAUGUAUAGUUCUUUGUGUGUAUGUAGUUGAGGAUGCAUUCUCAAAUGUAGGUCAGAGAAAUUAGGAAACUAGAAAUAUUGAUUUGCUGAAAUGUUUGUUCGCCUUCAGUCCAGCCCUGUUUUCCUCGACAGGUUCAGAAUGAUUUGGUUGUUUAUCUACUAACACAUGUUUACAAUCUGUUUUGAGGCAGAGGGGAGAAAAAUUAUGACCAGCUAUUGGAAGUACAUAGGAAGUCUGUUUUAUUUCACAGCAGUCAAAUACCAGGGAAGUCAAUGUCUGAAAGUUAGGCAAGCAAUAUUUAUUGUCACACCAUGAAAAUGUAACCUUUUGCUAGAAGACAAGCUUCUGGAAUUGUCUCAUCUCUAUUUGUUGCAAAACUUAAUUAUCAAAUAUAGGACAAUAAUCUCUGAGGAAUGUAUGUUACCCUUUAAAAACAAAAGGCUAUUAUAUUUCCAGUUCCUUUCGGACUGAAGAAAGGACAGAUCAGGAAGAAAAUCAUAAAAUCAUCAUGUCAACUAUACACAAAAUCCCUCAUCUAAUCAGAAAAGUGCCUUGGUUGACCUUAGGACAAAAUCAAGGACCCAGAAAGUGUUUGCAUUAGUGAUAGGUGUCCAAUGGGAAAAGCUGGCUAUUGAAAUAAUGUAAUUGAGUAUGUCUGGCUUUCUUAAAAGAGUUGUUAGAAGGUGUACUGUUUCCUCUCAGCAACAUUGUAUGCAAACAGAUAAAACAUAAACACAUGAAAUACAACUAAUAUACAGUAAAGUCUCACUUAUCCAACAUAAACGGGCCGGCAGAACGUUGGAUAAGCGAAUAUGUUGGAUAAUAAGGAGAGAUUAAGGAGAAGCCUAUUAAACAUCAAAUUAGGUUAGGAUUUUACAAAUGAAGCACCAAAACAUCAUGUUAUACAACAAAUUUGACAGAAAAAGUAGUUCAAUAUGCAGUAAUGCUAUGUAGUAAUUACUAUAUUUACGAAUUCAGCACCAAAAUAUCAUGAUUGAAAACAUUGACUACAAAAAAUGUGUUGGAUAAUCCAGAACGUUGGAUAAGCGAAUGUUGGAUAAGUGAGACUCUACUGUACUUGGUAUAAUAUGGAUAUGGCAUCAAUCCUACUCCCCAAAGUUCUCAUCACAAGAACCUUAUUGUUGUAGUAGAGCCUGUGAAUAAUGUUACAAAUGUAUGGGUGUCAGAAGGGGGAAAAGGGUUACUCGGGAGCAGGAAUUCGAUGAUGAGCAGCAGAGAAAGAGGAUCCGGGACAUACUUACAGCACCUACAAAUGAAGAGUUGUUUGAGGGAUUCUCUGGGGAUGAUGGGUCAAUGAGUGAAGGAGAAGAAGGAGACACCAUGGAUUGGACUAAGAUAAGAGAAGUGCAAGCUAUUUGUGAGGCACCAACAACUAGUGAUACCUUUAUGGGGUUCUCUGGGAGUGAAGACUGUCGAUCAGGGGAUCCAACUGAUUCUUGGGGGAUCUAAGUCUUGACAGGAGAUGGAGGAAUUGGAGGGAGAGUCAAAGGAAUUCACGUGAAGAGCUGGGAGCAGCUUUGGGGGAUGGUGAUGGGGCGGUGGUCAGUUCAUUCUCUGAUGAUGGAUUGUAGGUAAAAGUGGGAUCAGGGGUGAGGAGUCUUUGCAGAAGGCAAGGUGUUGAUGUGCAUUUGUGUGCUGGGUGCUGUGUAUUGGGAAAGUUUCUUGUAGUCUUGCUGCUGCCUGUUUUAUGUUCAGUGUUGGACUCGGAUCUGCAGUUUGGACUUGAACCGGUUUGGCUGGAGACGCUGCUUCUGCAGACACUGGAGCAAUGCUGCUUUGGAUUCCUCCUGCUUCAACCUUGGACUUUGGCUGACAACGCUUCUCUACUUGCAACUCCCUCUGUUAACCAUUUGUGUACUGUGCCUUUUGUUUUGCCUUAGAGCACUUUGUUUGACUUGUUGCUUUUUGUAUCCAGUUGAUCUGGAUUACAUUUCUGUUUACCUUUUGGACCAGGUCUGGUUUGGGUUUUUGAGUUUUUGACCAUUGGAACUGCAUUUAAGUACCCCUGCGUCCUUUUCCAUUUGUUUCAAUAAACUCUGUUUUGAAGACACUUUUAAGUCUGGCCUUUUAAGGCAUCUGUGACUCCAACACUUAUGAAGUUCUUAGGUUCAUAGAUAGCAAGGAAAUUCAGAUAGUAAUCUUGGUGGUCGAACUGGGAUUUGAAUGUGCGUCACCCAAGUCCUUGUCUGGCAUUAUGCAUUACAAGAAUACAUAAUAAUCAGAAGGGGAACAACCAUAAUUCAUCAAGCUAUCAUGCUAGACAUGUCAAAAUUUAAAUGCUCUUGAGUUUCAAAUCAUAAUACCAAACCCUCAGGCACUUCUGGAAGCCACUAGAGACCAGUCUUAAGGAAAUUGUGAUUUAUUUAUUUUUAGUGUCAAAAGUAUAUUGAGAAUACAGUUAUAAUGUAUAGACAGACCACAAACAAAGUUAAAAACUUGGCAUCAUACUAAAUUUCCUUUGACCAGAAGCUGGUCACUUGGAGUGCCUCUGGUAUCACUGUAAGAAGGUCCUCCAUUGUGCAUGUGGCAGGGCUCAGACUGCAUUGUAAAGGGUCUGUGGUUUGCUCUUCUCCACUCUCACAUGUCAUGGACUACAUUUGGUAGCCCCAUUCCUUUAAGGUUACCUCUACAUCUCGUGGUGCCAGAGUGCAGUCUGUUCAGUGCCUUCCGAGUCACCCAUUCUUCUGUGCAAGAACACCUAAAGCUUCAGUCACCCAUUCUUCUGUGUAAGAACAUCUAAAGCUUCAGAGAGCUUCUGUUCAACCAUUUCAAAGCUCCCUGCUUGAGCAAUGAUGGUACUAUAAUCAGCAUAGAUGAAACUCUCUGUCUCUUCUGGCAGUGGCUGAUCAUUUGUGUAAAUGUUAAACAUUGAUGGAAAUUGUGGUAGACCCCUCCAUAUUUGAUACAUGUAUUUUUUUAAUAUGUCAUUUAUUCAAAAAUUUGAAAUUUCAAGGGAAGGGCUACCAGAGAAAAUAAAAGAAACUUGUCAUGACUCUUUGGAAUAUCAUACAUCAACAUUUGCAGGGUAGUUUAGGUGAUCAGCCAAUUUGGCCAGUUUCAAGUGAUGAAAUGUGGGGCUUCUGUGAAGCACAAAAAGAGGACUGACACAACUCAUUGGGAAAUAACGUAAAGAAGGACUGAAAAACAGGACACAUCUCCUUGAAGUAUUACUGCCAACAUUUCUGAGGCAGGGACAUAAGUGGGAAGACUGGAAAGGGCAAUGAAUUGCUCUAAAGAUUUUGAAGUUCAAAUGCUGUUGAAAAGAUCCUGAAAUAAAGAAUGGGUGAGUAGGAAAUUAGAAGGUCCCUUUCGGUGUAUUAGGGGUAUUGGUGUAUAUCCAGGUAAUGAUGGAGACAGUGUAGCUAGAAAAGAGGAUAAGGCUCUCUCAAGUUAAAAUUUCUGAGACUGGGAAAAAGAGAAACAUGAGAAAGCAUGCUACACCUGCCCAAUGUUUUGGAGAAUUAGUGGAGACUACUGAGGAUUUUUGUUCUCUUUUUAUUGGUUGUUUGCCCCCCCCCCCCCAUUCCUUAUAAUGGGAAAACCAAGUCUGAGUCUGAGUGUUCCUUAUAGUUGAGAACCUUCUAUCUCUAUCUGUAGCAACAUUUUUUUCCAAAAUAAUUUGUAACUAUGUACUCACUAAAUUGUACUUUUAAUAUAUCAGAUAUGAGAACGGUAUGCAAGCUAUGCAUGUGUAUUUUAUGUUUUUAAAGUAAGAAGGUCAUUUUCAAUAUUUAAAGGGUGCUAAUAUUUCAUUUUCAAUUUUUCUGAAAAUUUGUGGGGGAUUUUUCUUGCUGAACCAAGAAGAGAAAGAGCUCCCCACCACCACCAUAGCAUCAUGAUUUCCAGACAUUUUACAUGUCUUAGAUGAAGCAACGCAGCAGAAACAGUAGGAAGGAGAGAGAUUUGCAGAAAUUAUGAUCUACCAGAAGUGAGAAGGAUUUUAAUAUGGAUGUAGAGUUCCAAGACUAUACUAACAGGACAGUAGCCUCAGAGAACAGUUCGGCUCCUUCUGUGGGUUCCAAUUUUCCUACCUGGGAAGACUACAGGAACAGCGUGGAUGACAUACAGUAUUUUCUCAUAGGCCUGUAUACUUUGAUCAGUCUUGCUGGUUUUCUGGGAAACCUCCUUAUUCUUGUGGCUUUGGGGAAGUGCAAGCAAAAAACAAUAAUAAACUUUCUCAUUGGGAACUUAGCUUUUUCAGAUACUUUAGUGGUAGUCUUCUGCUCCCCCUUCACCUUGACAUCUGUUCUGCUUGAUCAGUGGGUAUUUGGCAGAAUCAUGUGCCAUGUGAUGCCCUUCCUCCAGUGUGUGUCUGUCUUGGUUUCCACUUGGAUGUUGAUUUCUAUUGCGGUGGUCAGGUACCGCUUGAUACGCCACCCUCUUUCGAGUGACUUGACUUUGAAACAUGGCUGUUACCUCAUUUUAAUAAUCUGGGCUCUUGGUUUGGCCAUUUGUUCCCCUCUGCCUGUUUUCCACAAGAUUGUCAAUCUCCAAGAUGCCCUUAAUCUGGAAGCACUCAGAAGCAAACACUUGUGUGUUGAAGCAUGGCCGUCUGCUUGGUACCGGAUUGCUUUCACUAUUUCCUUAUUAGUCAUGCAGUACGUCUUGCCUUUGGUUUGUUUAACCAUAAGUCAUACUAGAGUUUGUAGAUCUGUUAAUUCCCGGUUGCUAGGUAAGGAAAACAAGUUGGAAGAAACUGAGAUGAUAAAUUUAACCCUUCAUGCCCCCAAGCACCAUGGGCCUCAAGGAGAGCUCUCUAGCUCUGGAAGGUGGAGUUACACAUUUGUCAGGAAGCACCGAAAGAGGUACAGUAAAAAGACAGCUAGCGUGAUGCCAACAAUUUUAAUGCGCCCCCAAGAUCUUAACUCUGGAGGCCUCCCUGAAACAUCAGGUACUGAAAAAAGCCAGCUUUCUUCAUCCAGCAGAUUUAUUCCAGGAAUACCUGUUUGUUUUGAAGCAAAACCAGAAAAUUCAGAAUUGCAAGAUGGGAUGACCGUACCUCGAUCCACCACUCAGAUUAAGAAAAGAUCUCGCAAGGUGUUCUGGCGACUGACAGUGCUGAUUGUUGUUUUUGCGGUCAGCUGGAUGCCCCUUCAUGUUUUCCAUGUUGUAACUGAUUUCAAUGGCAACCUCAUCUCAAACAAGCAUUUUAAAUUGGUCUACUGUAUUUGUCAUUUGUUGGGCAUGAUGUCUUGCUGUUUAAACCCAAUUUUGUAUGGGUUUCUGAACAAUGGCAUAAAAGCUGAUUUGUUGUCCCUUAUUUCAUGCUUACAAAUAUCAUGAAUGGUCUACAAGUUAAUAGUAAAAUGUGAAACAAAUUGUUAUACCCACAAGGUUCUGUGGAGUAUUUAGCCAGUUUGUGAAAAAAGAUGGUGGCAAGUAGUGGCUGAGAACUUAUUGUGAGAAUGGUUAACUCACUGAUUGGAUGAUGUUUGGAUUACUUCCCCACAUUGGCAGACAUGUCAGAUAAUGAAGUUUUGAGCAGUCACUUCAAGGCUGUCUUGUUCUUUCAACUAUGACUAUCUUUAAGUUGGAUACUCAGGCCAAAAGUCUUCUGUUUGAGGUUCUGAAGAUUUGUUGUAGUUGCUGUUGUUGUUCUUUGCCUUCAAGUUGACAGCCCUUCAUAAGGUUCCAUUGAAAGAUCUAUUGAAGGUGGAGUAUACCAUUGAAUUCCUCAUAGGCUGAGAGAGUAUAACUUGACCAAGGUCAUCCAAUGGGUUUUCAUGGUUGAGCACGGAUUCCAACCAUAACUUUAUGAAGUCUGUGUACCAAACUUAAAUCACUACACCAUGCUGGGUCUUUUCAUAAGAUAUACUAUUGUUAGUAUGUUCGCUACAGGCAGAAAUACUGGAUUAUCGUUCUAGUCCACACAUUUCUGUUGAAUCCUGCUUUAGUGGUAUUGGAAAAUACAUAAAUGACAAAUCUUGCUAUUAAAUGUAGAAAAACAAUGUAUUACUGCUAUGAGCUAUCAAGCAGUUAUUUAUGGUUAAAAUAAACUCAUUGCUCCUUUAAACAAAUUUUAAGCAAAUUAAAAUAAAUGUCAGCUUGUUUGUAUUAAUGGAAAUAAAACUGGUAUUCUA